UCUACAUAUUGAGACGCAGCAGGUUUGACCCCCUGACUGACCGCUGCACCAGCGCUGAGAAGAAUCAGAAAACGGAUUACUGCAAAUCCUCACAACAGAAAAGCGAGAUUGCGGACUUCACCCGCAGUGUCAGCGCGGGUGUGAGGGCGUAGGGCUCGGCAGAGAGGGGGUUAAGAGAGAGAGAGAGAGAGAGAGAGAGAGAGAGAGAGAGAAAGAGAAAGAAAGAGAAGUUCCGGUGAGCCGGUCCGGUCCUCCGUUCAGUUCAGCGUCCGUUCCGUCCAGAAGCUGUCGGUGCUUGCGCGUUAACGUUAUAGUCACAGUAUAUAGGAUGUGCUAAUCUGCGCAGAACAACAACAAAGAAACAGCGCACGGAGGGAGAGUUAGUAAGACAUUCAUCACAGGGAGAGAAACACAGAAAAGCAAAGAUGUCCAAACCCAACUACUCUGGACUUUACCACAUGGUGUCUCAGGAAAACUUCGAGGCCUAUCUUGCUGCUUUAGAUGUUAAUUUUGCUCUGAGGAAGGUUGUGUGCAUGCUGAAGCCCAGUAAGCAAAUUGAGCAUGACGCCAACACAGGCCACAUGAAGAUCAAGACCAUGACCACAUUCAAAAACUUUGACAUGGACUUCAUGCUGGGCAAGGAGUUUACUGAGGACCUGGGACCUGUCGACGGGAGAAAGUGCCAGACCACGGUGGACUGGGAGGGUGAUAAGCUGUUGUGUGUGCAGCGAGGAGAGAAGGAAGGCAGGGGAUGGACUCACUGGCUGGAGGGAAACCUGCUCCACCUGCAGCGAUAUUGGGGGAAAGCAGAACGUAAAAUGUGGUCUGGGCAAAAGGAGCUGCGGGUGAAGAAUGUGGUGGCCAAGCAGGUCUUUAAGAAAGUAGAAUGAGAGGCUGGUUGUGGGCCCAGAGCAUCAUGGGAACUCUGAUUUGGAUUGAGGAGAAACCAAAAGAGCGAGCAUGAUUCAGCCACAACACAGCUCAGUCACCAAACAACAGGAAGUAGUGUUUAACCAGAGACUACAACAGAAAGAACAGCAGCCCUCAAUAAGACUUUACUUGAACACAACCACACUAAACUUUCCCCUUUUAAUCAGUAGCUUUUAGGGUGUAAAUGGAAUUAAAAGUGAUAAACUUACUUGUAUCCUCCAGAACAGCUCUCAUCUCCGGAGUGGAAAUGGCCAUGUGGAUCACUACAAAAAGUUACAAAAGCUUUUAACAUCCUCUGAGUUUUAGUGGGGGUUAAACUGGUUAGCAGUGUUCCAGCUAGCACCUGUCCAACAGUGCUGGUGCUAGGCCACGCCUGUGUAGUACAGCUUACAUUUGUUUUUUUAGAUAACUUGUGCAGUGUCUGAUGGACCACAUUAGUGAAAUGCCCCCAUUCAGUUUAGUAUUAUCGCUGAGCGUCCUGCUUUUGGGUCUCCUGUUAUUAAAUAUAAAAGCUUUCAUUCUGA